AUGCGCGACACCAUCCUCGCCUCGCUUUUCCUGGCCUCGGCCACCCUCACAUCCGCCAGCCGUCUAGAAUGCCUGCACACUCGCAGCCUCGAGCUCGCCUCGUACGCCGCGUGCGGUGACGAGGGCUCGCUGAACUACUGCUUCUCACACCUGCCCCUGACCACGCAAUCAGACUCCCUAUCGGGCGAGCUUGAGCGCUGCUUCGUCUCGGCCGGCUGCACCGUCGACGAGUCGCGGAUCGAAGCCGUCCAGGUGUUCCAGCGCUGCGACACCACCAGCGCUGUCCCGGCCGACCUGCGCCGCGGCCGUCGCCAGUUCGGCUCGGAGGAUAGCAGCGACAAUGGCAGCGACCAGCCCGACAAAGGGGCCAAGGAGCCAUUCCACGCCCUUCUUGCCCGUGUUACCGCUGCCAUGCAGCUGCCGCGCGAGACCCCCGGCGUGGUCAGCCUUGCGGCCCGACAAGACACGGCCACGACCACCGGCAGGCCGGCCUCGCCGUCCCCGUGCUUCACCGAUACCACCACCGAAUUCACCUCGUGCCCGACCCAAUCCACCGGCACCGACGCCGGCAAGAAGCUCUCCUGCUUCCUCGCCGUCAUGGCCACUCCCAGGUGCCGCGACGGCGUCAUCUGCAAGUCCGACGCGCAAGGCAACCCAUCCUGCAUGUGGAAGAACUCCUCCCUCGGCCUCGACGGCAUCAUUAUCUCGGCCAUCUUCGCCGGCGCCAUUGCGGUUUCCAUCAUCGCCAUCUGCUUCAUGUGCUGCCGCGAGCGCAGCGAACACCGCCGCAUCGAGCGCGCUGCCGAAGCCGCCCGUAUUGCCAAGGAGGCUAAGACCCAGGCCACCGUGGCCGGGAAGCGCGCCGGACAGAGCGUCACGGGUGGCGUGUCUGGGCCGGCUGUCGAGGGCCAGCCGUUGAUGUCGCAGGGUGUGCCGCACGGUGGUCCGCCCUCACCGGGACUGCAGGGCGGGAACCCGUUUAGCGAUGGUGGCCAUGAUGGUCACCCGAUGAGGUGA